AUGUGCGUUUUACCCAAUCAGAAAACUCUCAGAAGGAAAAAGAAAAACAAAUAAUUCCUCAACACUGAGACUUGCAACGUUUCCAAGUUGCAGUGCUCCAAAAUUCUCUGCUCUUCAUCAUCUCGAUUCUCUCCGGUGAAGGUAUCUGAUCGAGGAAGAGUUUGUUGUUGUAGGAGGAACCUUUGAGUUUCCGGCGGAUUGAUAGAGAUGGCGGACGUCUUAGGCGACGCCGGUGGCGGCGGAACCAAGGCCACAAAGCUUCCGAUUCCAGGAAAGAGGAAUAUACUCAUUACCAGCGCUCUUCCAUACGUCAAUAACGUUCCUCACCUCGGCAACAUCAUUGGCUGUGUGUUGAGUGCUGAUGUUUUUGCUCGGUACUGUCGUCUUAGAGGUUAUAACGCUAUUUACAUAUGCGGAACCGAUGAGUAUGGAACGGCGACGGAGACAAAAGCAAUGGAAGAGAAAUGUUCUCCUAAAGAGAUUUGUGACAAGUACCACAAAAUUCACAAAGAAGUUUACGAUUGGUUUGGUAUUAGUUUUGAUGAAUUUGGUCGCACAUCAUCAUCACAGCAGACUGAAGUUUGUCAAGAAAUAUUUGGAAAACUAUUGGAGAACAAUUGGCUUUCUGAGAACACGAUGCUACAGCUGUACUGUGAUACUUGUGAGAGAUUUUUAGCCGAUCGGCUCGUUGAAGGCAUCUGUCCUACUCCAGGUUGUGAGUAUGACUCUGCACGUGGUGAUCAAUGUGAAAAGUGCGGGAAACUUCUUAAUCCAACGGAGUUGAAAGAUCCCAGGUGCAAGGUCUGUCAAACAACCCCACGUAUCCGUGACACAAACCACAUGUUUCUUGAACUUCCUUUGCUGAGAGAUAAACUUGAAGAAUAUAUCAACAAGAUGUCUGUGGCUGGAUCUUGGAGCCAAAAUGCUAUUCAAGCAACACAAGCUUGGCUUAAGGAAGGGUUGAAACCCCGGUGUAUUACAAGAGAUCUAAAGUGGGGGGUUCCCGUUCCACUUGAAAGGUUCAGGGACAAGGUCUUCUAUGUUUGGUUUGAUGCCCCAAUAGGAUAUGUCUCCAUUACAUCAUGCUACACAAAUGAAUGGGAGAAAUGGUGGAAGAAUCCAGAGAAUGUGGAGCUUUUUCAAUUCAUGGGCAAGGAUAAUGUUCCUUUCCACACUGUUAUGUUUCCUUCUACACUGCUCGGAACUGGAGAAGACUGGACCUUGAUGAAAACCAUUAGUGUUACUGAAUACUUAAACUAUGAAGCAGGAAAAUUUUCUAAGAGUAAGGGCAUUGGAGUUUUUGGUAAUGAUGCAAAAGAUACAAAUAUUUCUGCAGAAGUAUGGAGAUAUUACUUAUUAGCCAAUAGGCCUGAGGUUUCAGAUACAUUAUUUACAUGGGCUGAUUUACAAGCAAAACUCAAUGGCGAGUUGUUGAACAAUUUGGGCAACUUCAUUCAUCGAGUUUUGAGCUUCGUUGCCAAACCUUUAGGGCAGGGUUAUGGUUCCAUAAUUCCUGAUGCACCUAACGCGGACUCUCAUGGAUUAACAUUGGUUUUGGCUGAAAAAGUUGGUAAAUACGUAGACCAAUAUGUGGAAUCAAUGGAGAAGGUUAAACUAAAACAAGGUCUAAAAGCUGCAAUGGCUAUUUCAAACGAGGGAAAUACAUAUUUGCAAACAUCCCAGUUCUGGAAUCUUUACAAGGCGGACAAACCUUCGUGCAAUAUUGUUAUGAGAACUUCAACUGGACUUGUGCAUCUUCUGGCAUGUUUAUUAGAACCUUUCAUGCCUUCUUUCUCAGAUGAGGUGUUUAGGCAGCUGGAUUUACCUCUGGAACGGCGUAUUUCGCUUUGUGAAGAGAAAGGAGACAUCGAGAGAGCAAAGCAACCUUGGAAGACUCUACCUUCUGGUCAUAAGAUUGGCACACCACAACCUUUAUUCAAAGAAUUGAAAGACGAAGAAGUAGAACUAUACAGAGACAAGUUUGCCGGAAGUCAGGCUCAACGCAUUGUUAAAGCAGAAGCAGAAAAGCUUGCUGCUCACCUAAAAAAAACUAACGUUUCAGGCAGUGAAAAAAAGCAACAGGCAAAAUCCUCCACAGGCCGCAAACCGAAAGCUGCUGCUGGUGGUGGUGCGGUGGAAGCAGGAAUUACGAUAACAAGACUGGAUAUACGAGUAGGAUUAAUUACUAAAGCUCAGAAGCAUCCUGAUGCUGAUUCCCUAUAUGUGGAAGAAAUCGAUGUGGGAGAAGCGCAGCCUCGAACCGUUGUCAGUGGACUGGUCAACUACAUACCUCUUCAAGAGAUGCAGAACCGGAAGGUCUGUGUUCUUUGCAACUUGAAGCCGGCUUCCAUGAGGGGAAUUAAAUCGCAAGCCAUGGUUCUGGCUGCUUCCAAUAGCGACCACACCAAGGUUGAAUUAGUCGAGCCACCCAAAGACGCCAAUGUCGGAGAAAGAAUAAAAUUCCCAGGAUUCGAAGGCGAGCCCGAGGACGUACUAAACCCGAAGAAAAAGGUAUGGGAGACGCUGCAAGUGGAUUUGGCUAUCAACACAGAGGGGGUGGCAUGUUUUAAAGAUAUACCAUUUAACACGUCGGCUGGCAUUUGCAAAGUUCCUUCCAUUACCAGUGGCUCUAUCUGGUAGACGAGGAAUCUUCAAUCCACGGAAAACCUUUUUUCUUUA